UUCCUCAGGACUUCUCUGGACCAAAGCCCUUUGACAGACCUCUUCCAGCCCUCAGCCCACCAUGGUUCCUGCAGGCAACAUCCCGUUCCUGCUUUUGCUCCCAGUGGCUGCAGCUCAGACGACCCCAGGUUCCUGUUCUGGAUGUGGGCCCCUCUCCCUGCCACUCCUGGCGGGCCUCGUGGCUGCAGAUGCGGUCGUGUCACUGCUAAUCGUGGUGGUGUUGUUUGUGUGUGUGCGCCCACGCAGCAGGCCCACCCAAGAAGAUGGCAAAAUCUGCAUCAACAUGCCUGGCAGGGGCUGACUCCCCAGUAACUGUGACAUAGGACUUCUGACCCUGUCAUCCUGGAUUGUGUGUGGCGGCACAGGAAAUCCAGCCCUCUUCUGGGCUGGAAUAAAGCAAUUGAAAUACUUCCUGUUCUAAUUCUUUCUCAGACAACCCAGGUUCCCCAAAGGCUCCCUCUCAUUUAGCUGUUUCUGGGUCCUUGAUCCACCUAGAACCCCGCAUAUCCCCAUCCCGUCAGCCCAGGGAUCUGGAAUAACUCAACAUUGUUUGUGCGCUCCAUGUUUAUUUGGGGGCAGUAGUGGGGAGAGGUCUGAUGUCUCAUUGUGGACACUCUGUGGAUCCGUAUCUUGGUGGGAGUAGGACUAGAGUGCUGGGCAGGCAUCAGGAAUGAGUGGAUCCAGGCAUCAGGUUGCUGACUGCCCUGGUCUGGGCUCAUUUUUAAUAUGG